AUGGGUGGAACCACAAAUGGCAAUGCUGACACUAUUCACUUGAAUAGUGGAGCCCUUGCCUUAGACUUAGCCCUUGUGGGUGGAAGUGCUCUUAGAAUGGUAGCUGAGGCUACCGAGUAUAUAGUACACGCUUUGUGUGCUCAUUCUCAUAGAAGAAAAAUACAAUCCUCUCUGCAAUUUCAGCAAAAGAGAAGAAGAGCAUUUCAUCACUCUGUCUUUCUUCAUUCUUCUAUUUCUUCUCUUCAACAUUUCAUAGCCCAGCAAGAAUACAAAAACACUAACAAUUUAAACAGCAGCAGCACAAUACAGGUAGAUCGAGUUCUGUGUACAAAGAAAAUGGAGAAAGCAAAACAAAGAGCAAAUGGAACCCAUAUACUUGUGGUUCCUCUUCCUGCCCCAGGCCACAUAAACCCAAUGCUCCAAUUCUCAAAACGCUUAGCAUCCCAAGGUUUAAGGGUGACACUAGUCACCAUCUCCUCUAAGACUCAUGAGCCCAUAGAAACCCGGUUGAGUAUGCAAGAGAGGAAUGGCUACCCAAUUUGCUGCCUUGUCUAUGAAGCAACCUUGACAUGGGCUCUAGACAUAGCCAAAGGGCUAGGCAUUGCUGGGGCUUCAUUUUUCACUCAGGCUUGUGCUGUUGGAACUGUGUACUAUAAUGUGCAACAAAAGUUGCUUAGGGUUCCUCUAGAAGAGGAUCGAGUUUUGCUACCUGGGUUGCCUCUGCUUGAGCCUCAUGAUCUGCCCUCUUUCAUCAAUCAUCCAGAGUCCUACCCAUCCGUGUUUAAGAUGGUAGUUGGCAGGUUUUCAAAUAUCACUGAUGCUGAUUGGAUCUUCUGCAACACUUUUGAUUGCUUGGAACCAGAGCUAAGGCUACCAACCCAGCAAGAAUACAAAAACACCAACAAUUUAAACAGCAGCAGCACAAUACAGGUAGAUCGAGUUCUGUGUACAAAGAAAAUGGAGAAAGCAAAACAAAGAGCAAAUGGAACCCAUAUACUUGUGGUUCCUCUCCCUGUCCCAGGCCACAUAAAUCCAAUGCUCCAAUUCUCAAAACGCUUAGCAUCCAAAGGUUUAAGGGUGACACUAGUCACCAUCUCCUCUAAGACUCAUGAGCCCAUAGAAACCCAGUUGAGUAUGGUAAAUAUUGAGCCAAUUUAUGCCACAUAUGAAGGAGCAGGCAAGAUUGAUAUAGAGAGCAAGCUGCAGUGGCUCCUAACCAUCUUGUCACAAAACUUACCAGAUCUGAUUUCAAAGCAAGAGAGGAAUGGCUACCCAAUUUGCUGCCUUGUCUAUGACGCAACCUUGACAUGGGCUCUCGACAUAGCCAAAGGGCUAGGCAUUGCUGGGGCUUCAUUUUUCACUCAGGCUUGUGCUGUUGGAACUGUGUACUAUAAUGUGCAACAAAAGUUGCUUAGGGUUCCUCUAGAAGAGGAUCGAGUUUUGCUACCUGGGUUGCCUCUGCUUGAGCCUCAUGAUCUGCCCUCUUUCAUCAAUCAUCCAGGGUCCUACCCAUCCGUGUUUAAGAUGGUAGUUGGCAGGUUUUCAAAUAUCACUGAUGCUGAUUGGAUCUUCUGCAACACUUUUGAUUGCUUGGAACCAGAGGUGGUGAGCUGGAUGAGAACAAAAUGGCCAAUCAAGACAAUAGGGCCAACCCUUCCAUCAAUGUACCUAGAAAAAAGGUUGGAAGAUGACAGAGACUAUGGUAUCAACUUUUUCAAACCCAACAAUGACACUUGCAUCAAGUGGCUAGAUUCGAAGGAAGCAUGUACAGUUGUCUAUGUAUCAUUUGGAAGCAUUGCUAAUAUAGGAGAAAAGCAGAUGGAGGAGCUAGCACUGGGCCUAAAAAGGAGCAAAACCAGCUUCCUGUGGGUAGUAAGAGAAUCAGAAAUUCAAAAGCUUCCAAGCAAUUUUGAGGAGCAAACAUCAGAGAAGGGUUUGGUUGUGAAUUGGUGCCCUCAAUUGCAAGUUUUGGCUCACAGGGCCAUUGGUUGUUUCAUGACACAUUGUGGGUGGAACUCUACACUUGAGGCAUUGAGCUUAGGGAUCCCAAUGGUGGCAAUGCCACAGUGGGCUGACCAAUUGACAAAUGCCAAGUUUGUGGAAGAUGAAUGGAAAGUUGGAGUGAGGGUCAAGGUUGAUCAGAUGGGAAUUGUCACUAAAGAAGAAAUAGAAAGAUGCAUAGCACAAGUCAUGGAAGGAGAGAGGGGGAAUGAGUUUAAAAGGAAUUCAAUGAGAUGGAGAGAAUUGGCUAAGGAGGCUGUAGAUGAAG